CAAAAGCCAAGCUUUGUUCGUUGUCGUCGUGACUUUGGUGGGGUAAAAACCAAGCGAAAACUUAACUUUACACUGAGCAACGACACAAAACAACACACAGCACACUCAAAAAAAAAAAACCGAAAUAAAAAAAACAAAGAUACCAGCUGUAUGUAAAGGAAAAUCAUUGCGAGCCAAAUUUAAGCACCUAAAAUAAUGUCCAAGUACUGGAAAAUAAAUUCACUUUCGUUGCUACAUUGCCUGGCAGCGUGGCUAACUGUGGCGACGGUAUUGCAACAACCUCCGCAGCAACUACUGCAGCAGCAACCAAGAGAUACUGCAGCAACAUUAGACAACACAAGACUCUUGAAUGCAACUUCGGAUGGUGGCAUGGCUGCCACUUUCAUCGACAACACCAGCAGCAAUAUCAACAGCAACGGCAACAGCAAUCACAUCAACAACCAUGAAGCCUCCUCUUUUGAGCCGCAGCAGCAGCAGCAACAGCAGCAGCAACAGCAACCACCAACAAUGCAAUUUGCACAUAUAACGCCAUUAGAUAAAGAAGUAGUCGAUCGGCUGAUCAAGCAGUGGGCACCCAUCGUUUGGCUGGCGCCCGAGGAAAAAUUUAUGCCACUGGGCGUGGAGGAGUUCCUGCAGUACGUCCAUCCCAUGGAUAAGGACAGCAGCUUCCGACCAGGAGUGCCCUUUAGAGAUUACUCGACCAAGUCGCAUUUGGUCACAAACGGCGAGAUACAGGAUCUAUUGGAAGACGAUAAUUCGUUUCUGUACGGCCGCAAUCCCAAUGAGAAACCGGUGCCCAUCUAUGGUGUGGUCACAAUGUGUCCGUCGAGAAGGGAGCUAUCUGGGCCACCUCCGCAGCCGCAACACACUCCUCUACCAGUUAGCACACGGGGUCCCUACAUUCCCGUCUCCAUCGAUCCCCUCGAAGAACGCAAUGACACCAUUCGGAGAUCCUCAAGACUUUUUCCACUAUUCCAGCGGGUAAAACGACAGGCUCCUGUAGCGAAUCCCAAAUACAAUCCACUCAACGCGUACGAGGAGCUGGUAAUGGAGCCCACCCAAAAGCCACCACCAGAUCAGGAGCUGCAACCAGAUUCAGAGGGAGGUGUGCCGGUGAAUAACUUCAUAGCCAAUCUGGCGGACAAUGUCAAGUUCAGCGGCGGAACGGAUCCCGACGACAAUCUGGAGGACAACAGCAUUGGCAAGGCCCCUGAACAGGAGGCGAAUCAGGGGCAGGGCAAGCUACCGGGCUUUCAUGUCACCUACUGGAUGUUCUAUCCCUACAGCCAGGGCAAGACCAUGUGCACCGUGAGUCUGGGUCCCCUCGGAAGGAUUCCUUUCCCCGCUGUCUAUGGUUAUUGCUUGGGCAAUCGCAAGGAUAUUGGCAGCCAUGUGGGAGAUUGGGAGCACAUGAGUUUGUACUUCAAUGGGGAUGCAGAGCCGCAGGCCAUGUAUGUGUCGGCCCACGAUGCGGGUGCCUACUAUAGUUACAAUCGACUGACGGGCUCCUUUGAGUUCCGCCGCCAGGAGACACGCAAGGGAAUCUUGCAGCGCCCGAACUUUCCCAAAACAGUGACGACAUUUAAGAACCAUCCGGUUCUGUUUGCCGCCAAGGGAUCGCAUGGUCUGUGGACGGCGCCAGGGAAGCAUCGAUUCGUUAAGGUGGCUCGUCUGUACGACAUUAACGGAUUCGGCACGCCCUGGAACACUUGGAAGGCCGUCGAUAUAAGCUACGAGAAUGUGAGAUCCUAUGGCCGCUCUUUGGUGCCCGAUUGGCUCACGUAUCGUGGCAAGUGGGGUAAUCCCAAGAGUAAGUGUCAUCCCUUCCGGCGGAUUGGCCUGAACUUCUGCGAGUUCACGGACGGACCCACUGGAAUACCGCUCAAGGAGCCCCACUUUCAAUGCGGUGCUGACUAUCGCUAAGGACGAAGAGAUCCCUUGCCUAGGCUUAGUCUAUAGUUUAGUAAUGUAUUUAUUGUGAAACCAAAACCCAAAAAGA